UCAUUUUUUGUGUCAAUAGAACAAAUUUUGAAUAUUCCUCGUAAUGUUCCACACGUGUUUAUCUCACUAACAAACAUCGUCCAUAAAUUUUUAUGAAUGUGAUUUCUGGAAAUUCGUUGACAAAUUUAAUUCGUGAAAAUGGAUUCGUUGACUCACGAAACCGAAAUUAAGAUCUUUAAGUAUUUAUUGGAGAUUGGGUGCUGCAUAAAUUGCUGCUUACGACUAAUUUCUGUUCACAAUCCUGAGUAUUAUGAGAAUCCAAUUGAAACUUCCCAAAAGUUGAAAUACAUCGAGGAAUCCUUCGAAAUAUCUGAAGAAUCUCCGUGUAUUGCUUGCCUUGGAAUACUCCAAGAGAAUGUCAAACACCAAGUGUUAGAACAGGUAACCAAAGUGAUCACUUCGGAGGCCAACGACUCCCCCACCUUCACGUGUGCCCUCUCAGUCCCGAUGUCCCUCACCCUCCGUGAGAAGUCCCUCGACAUAUCAAUCCGUCAAAACCUUGACCUUCCCCCGAACGAUCUCGCCCACUUAUUUCUCAAGAUCGAGUCCAUCAAAGACGUCUGGAAGAUCCAGAUGCUCCCAAGGAUCGAGGCCGCAAUCUCCAAGAGAUCCAUCUCUGGUCCCACUCCCUCUCCUUUCCUCAUCGACAUCUCUUUGAUCCACGAUCGCGACGAGAGUGACUACGAGUACCUCCUGAAAAAAUGCGAUCCAAAUUUCCACGAACGACGGAAUCGAAACGUCAAGUACAGCAGAAAUAACAUCGAGAAGGUCCUCUCAACGAUUGACAAGGAGAAAUUUGCUGAAUUCUUCGCGAUUCCCCCAGGAAAACCGAUGGGACCGAUAGUACUGGACAAGAUAUCCUGCUCUCAUGCUGGUGUAUUUAUUGGCGGGAGGUACAACAAAUUAUCGAGAGAAUUGAGUCAGACCCCCUGGUUCAUAAAUGGAGAGAAGAAAAUGGAAUCUUCUGUUCAGGAACUUCUCUGUGGACCUCUGAUCGAGGCCACGAGAGCUGAUUCUUUGAAAUUCUUGUCGUCAGGUAGGGAAGAUGUUGAUGUGAGGACAAUCAACUCUGGGAGACCUUUUGCCGUCGAAUUGAUCAACCCUAGGAGGACAAUAAUCGCUGAUGACGAGAUGAAAACGAUUUCCGAGAGGAUCAAUUCGUCUACAGAACUAGUUCAAGUGACUUCUAAUCUAAAAUUUUUGGAUGCAGGACAUUUGAAAACACUCAAGGACGGGGAGAACAAGAAAUCUAAAUUUUAUAGGGCUCUUUGUACAGUGAAGGAUGAAUCCAAAAAGGGUAUGAUGGAUUUGGGGAAGUUAGAGGGGAUGAGAAAUGUGAAGAUUAUUCAGAAGACACCCGUCAGGGUUCUGCAUCGACGACCAUUGGCUGCACGUGUGAAGAUGCUGUACAGGAUGCGUGGAAGGCGGUUGACGAAGAAGGAGACUGAAGAGUUGAGAAAAAAUACUCCGGAUGAUCUGUUGGAUAAUCUUUUUGUUCUGGAUAUUAAGACACAGGCAGGAACUUAUGUGAAGGAGUUUGUUCAUGGGGACUUUGGGAGGACUAAACCGAGUCUCUGUGAUCUACUGGGCGAAGAGGUGGACAUUGUGGCACUGGAUGUCACAGGGAUCAACCUGCAUUGGCCGUAAAAUGAAAUUAAUUGUUUCUUGUGCUUUUGGUUGAAUAAAUACAAUUUUCAUUUCCAAUUGAGGAGUUUAUUAUUUAAGUAGGUUUUAGAAUCUUUAGAGACAAUUCACGGUGCCAUUAAAUCAAUCCCAGAAGGGCAAUCACCUCUGGGGACGAGGUAAAGAAGAUUUCAGGGGGAAGCAAUUCGUUUACAGAACUUUAAGUAUUUUUUCCUCUGAAAUUGUUGAAUGCAGGAUAUUUGAAAACACUCAAGAACGGGGAGAACUAGAAAUCUAAAUUUUAUAGGGCUCUUUGUACAGUGAAGGAUGAAUCCAAAAAGGGGAUGAUGGAUUUGGAGAAAUUAGAGGGGAUGAGAAAUGUGAAGAUUAUUCAGAAGACACCCGUCAGGGUUCUGCAUCGACCACCAUUGGCUGCACGUGUGAGGAUGUGUACAGGAUGCGUGGAAGGUGAUUGAUGAAGAAGGAGACUGAAGAGUUGAGAAAAAAUACUCCAGAUAAUCUGUUGGAUAAUCUUUUUGUUCUGGAUAUUAAGACACAGGCAGGAACUUAUGUGAAGGAGUUUGUUCAUGGGGACUUUGGGAGGACUAAACCGAGUCUCUGUGAUCUACUGGGCGAAGAGGUGGACAUUGUGGCACUGGAUGUCACAGGGAUCAACCUGCAUUGGCCGUAAAAUGAAAUUAAUUGUUUCUUGUGCUUUUGGUUGAAUAAAUACAAUUUUCAUUUCCAA